CAAAACUCCUUCUCUUCUAGAAAUCUCUGUAAAACCCCAGGGUCUAAGAAAUUUAGCCCCUUAUGGCCUUGCGAGCGGCGACGGCAACGGCAACGGCAACGGCAACGGCUGUGGCGCCGCGAGGUUUACGUGCUCUAUUAUCUACCUUUUCCUCAAGCUUUCCGUUCAAUACGCCUUCGAAGCAAGUUGAGAAGCCGCCACCAGCUGAACCAUCCACCAAUCUCUUCGUUUCUGGGCUUAGCAAACGUACUACCUCAGAAGGGCUUCGAGAAGCCUUUGUAAAACAUGGCGAAGUGGUCCAUGCCAGAGUUGUGACUGAUCGAGUAUCUGGUUAUUCUAAAGGUUUUGGGUUUGUUAGAUAUGCGACAUUGGAAGAUGCUGAAGCUGGUAUAAAGGGCAUGGAUGGCCAGUUUCUUGAUGGAUGGGUUAUCUUUGCCGAGUACGCAAGACCAAGACCACCACCUCCCUCAAUGCAGAACAAUAAUACAACACCUGGAUAUGGCAAUUACAAUUCAUCAUCAUAUGGCAGUCAGUGAACUGUGAACAAAGCGGCUUCCAUCUUACAAGGAGGGAUUUUUGGAUUAUGACACUUCAUUGGUGUAUACUAAACUUUCUCUCAUUUAAGGAUGUAAAAUUUCUGUCAUAGAUAAAACUUGGAUAUGAUAAUAUGUUUGAAGCUUAAUCUUUUAUGAAAAAGACUUGGUACUUUUCAUA